AUGUAUGGCUGGAUUCAAGAAACGAUUGAAGCUUUAGUUUUGGAGAAGUUUGGGAGAGAAGCUUGGCAGAAGGUCAAAUUGGAGGCCGGCUUGGCUUCUUUUCCGACUGGGGGCUUUGCCAGGAACGAAUAUUACAAUGAUGCCAUUACCAUGAAACUUGUCAGCGGGCUCUGCAACGUGUGCAAGCUGGAUAUGGAGAGUGCACUCAUCUGUUUCGGAGAAUUCUUCAUCUCAUGGCUCAUGGAUCACGGCUACGCGAGCAUGCUGAGGAACCAGGGUUCGAACAUGUUUGAGUUUUUGACCACGGUGGACGAUUUGCACCAAGGCCUCCAAAAGGGAUUACCCGAGCUUGUGCCGCCCCGAAUGAUCUGCACAAAAAGCAGCGAUGCAACGCUGAGCUUGGAAUACAUUUCGCGCCGGAGUGGUUUGGCACCAAUGGUAAUCGGCAUAGUCAGGCAGGUUGGUCGGCAAUUGUUCCAGAGUGACUACAGCUGCACAAUGGAGGCUCAGAAACAGUCUCAGGGUGAAAAUGGUGAGGCGUUGGAGCACUCUUUUUUCAAGGUCACAUGCAUCAGCGGUCGGGCACUGGACCAAGCACUGGACCAAGCCUCCGACCUCCAGGAGGAGGCAGACUCUUUUGACGUGGACUCCGCCUACUCACUUAAGAGCUCGGCGAGGGAUAUCGAGAAUUACGACUUCCUCCAACAAAACCCAACCAUGGCCGGCGCAUUUUCUUACAUCCUAGUGGAGCGUGUGAAGCUGUUGGACUGCCCGCUGAAAUCUCAACACUUUGGGCACAACUUUGAGUUUCCGCAGCUUAUGUCGCUCAUGGCGUCCUACAACCCAGAAGCCGCUGUGGCGCUCUCCGGACUCUUCCGCCAGCCACUGAGUGACCCUACGAAGUGCACCCCUGUGCCACGACACGCCUGCGUCUCUGGACCCGGGGGAAGGGAUGGCCUUUUCACAAAGAGCUACGACACUAUUGUCAUGAACCCAAGCGUUUUCUCUGGAAAUGACCCCUUGCUGCUUUUGACUGCUGGAAAGGGCUACAGACAAGUGCCUGUCGAGCUCAGUGUUUGUGUCAUUCCUGACCCUUUGCGAAACGGACAGAUGCUGAAGUCUCUGGCUAACACUCCUAACGACGAUGUCCUGGCCACCAUGGCCGCCCAAGCUCUUCUCGACGCAGCGUGGGGACUAACAAGAAGCCGCAAGAUUUUUGACAUCACGUGUGAGUCCAUCAUCCUUCUGUUCACCUGCGGUUGGAUCUUCUUCCGCGUGCACCGUGGAUUGUGGCCAUGUUUGGUGUUCGGCCUCAUGAAGGAAUUUCUGGAGAAAGGCAUCCAGACUGUACGUUAUUGGAAGAAGGGCUGGUCUGUACCGCUUGGCUUAGUGGCUGGAACAGCACUCAACCUUACUCUGUAUGUGCUCCUGGUAUACCAAGCGAUGAUCAGCGACGGCUACCCAAGUGAUCGAAUGGGACAGAUGGCUAUCGCGGUUUUCGGCUGCACACGUUGGUGGUCCUUGCUUGCACAUCUGCGCGGCUUCAAGGCCAUCGGCUCUAAGAUUUUACCAAUCCUGUAUGCCUUGGGAAGCAUGGGCCCUUUUCUGCUUGUCUUUGGUAUCAUCAUGCUUGGCUUCCUCUCGUCCUUCUGCGCCCUGUCAGAUGAAGCCCUUACCAUGACACGCGUGCGUGGAAUCUAUUUCUUGGCCAUGCUUGGCGAAGAGGGCGACAGUGUACUUGACGGUGAAAGAGAGGAGUGGUGGUUAGACAGCUGGGUCUUCCUCUUUGUCGUCGUGAUGUGCCUGGUGCUGCUCAACAUUUUGAUUGGCAUUCUAGGCGAGGCUUACGACAUGUAUCGGGACAGCACCGAGGUAAUCUUCAGUCGGGAGCGAGCUCGUGUGACCCUCAGCGUCACCAUGCGCCUCUUGCCCAUGGCAUGGCCAGAGCACUGUGCAAAUAUGUUGCAGUGGCUCUUCCUGUCUGUGUUUACAGAAAACACAAAUGGACGCCAUAAGAAAUACUUGUGGGUCGUUGUACCACAAGAUCACAGUUUGGAUGUUGCACGGAUAACUUCGAUGAAGGAACACGUGUCUCGCGAAAGCGAUCGCGCUGUCAAGGCCGUCAAGGACACCCACCAGCGUUUGGAGCAGUUGGAACGAGAUUGGAAGUCUUGGAAACAUUCAGCAGUCAAGUGCCCUUUCUCUGGCGCACCUCUUGCGCCUUGA